CGCAACGGGCACGCGGAGCAGCGGAGUUGUAAACGGAGCGUGUGCACUUUUCAGCACCAAUACCUCGUGGAUAGCAGCCAAACGAACCGGAGGACGGUGGUCGUGUGUUAGCGGGAGUCCACUGCGAUAAACCGAGCAGCUCGCGGGUUGAACCACCGCUGCGACCGCGGGGAAUUUCACUGGUAAUUUUUGAGCCGACAACAGGAGACACGAACGGCGGCACAGCCCGAGCUUUGUCUGCCCCGGCGGGCGAAUCGAGCCAGGAGCCGCAUCUCGAUUUGCACAGGCAAGAGAGAUUUUUUUCCGGCCUGUCUGCUGAAUUCGUGCGGGCUGGGUCCGUGUAACUGCGCCCCCGGGAGGACUAAAUGGCUGCAAAUGAAGGCGAACAAAGGUGAUACAGAAUAUAAGUCGUCCUAGCCGGUUCGGGCCGAAGCUCCUGUUUGUAGCCACACCACCGCCCGCUCGUGCCGCUAGCCGCUCCAUUGUGUGAGCAUCCCUGUGCUAUUCCGCUGCCGCCCGCCCGACCCCCGGAUCCCGCGCUGCCACCACACACCUGCCCCCCCCCCCCACCCUCCACGACUACAACCGUGCGUGUCUCCUUUUUUUCUGGGGGUUACCUUUUGAAUCCACGCACUCAAAUAUUAAAAGAAAUGUGUUCCCGGGUUUGGUUCGUGACCGACCGGCGCAUCAGCCAGGAGUACCCCCAAGUCCAGAUCCUCCGGGCACUGAAGGAGCGCUGCGCCGACGAGGAUGUGGAAUUCCGCUCCCUCCUCAUGGAUCAAAUCGUGCUCACAAUCACCGAGGGUCAAUUGGGUCUGCGAGUGGAGCAGGAACUGGUGACGUCUUAUCCACAGGUGGUGGUGGUGCGGGUGCCCACGCCCUGGGUGCAGUCAGACAGCGACAUCACUGUGCUGCGCCACCUGGAGAAGAUGGGCUGUCGGCUGAUCAACCGGCCCCAGGCUAUACUCAACUGUGUCAACAAGUUCUGGACCUUUCAGGAGCUGGCCGGCCACGGGGUGCCUCUUCCUGACACCUUCUCCUACGGAGGGCAUGACAACUUCCGUAAGAUGAUUGACGAAGCUGAGCCGCUGGGCUAUCCGGUGGUGGUGAAGAAUGCACGGGGCCACAGAGGGAAGGCGGUGUUCCUGGCACGGGACAAACACCACCUCACCGACCUGUGCCACUUGAUCCGCCAUGACACCCCCUACCUGUUUCAGGAGUACGUCAAGGAGUCGCACGGCCGCGACGUGAGGGUGGUCCUGGUGGGCGGCCGUGUCAUCGGCUCCAUGCUACGCUGCUCCACUGAUGGUCGAAUGCAGAGCAACUGCUCCCUGGGUGGUGUCGGUAUGAUGUGCCCACUGAGCGAGGAGGGAAAGCAGCUAGCCAUAGAGGUGUCCAACAUCCUGGGCAUGGAUGUGUGUGGCAUUGACCUGCUGCAAAUGAACGACGGCUCGUUUGUGGUCUGCGAGGCCAACGCCAACGUGGGCUUCAUCGCCUUCGACCAGGCCUGCGGAAUGGACGUGGCUGGCAUCGUCGCUGACUUUGCCCUGUCGAUGCUCCCCAGCCGGCUCACCCGUAAGAUGUCCUUGCUGUCCGUUGUGUCAAGCACCAGUGAGACCAGCAGUGAGCCUGAGGUGUGCCCUGUGGCCGCUGGCGGCGGCUCGCUGCCUGAGGCCGUCUGCAACAUGAGCGUGGGCUCUACUUCCAGCGAGAGCGACCCGGAGCUGGCUGAGCCCUCCCAGUCCUCGCCGCGCCAGUCCACAGGCCCCAAUUUGGCUGAUCUUCCCGGCCUCCCUGAUCCAGCCUACAACUUCAACACCCUCCUCGCCAAUGAGAUCAAGUUAUUGACUGAGGAAGCAGCCCGGAUCUCACCCCUGAACCCCAAAGGCACGACAGAUCCAUCCAAGCUCGACACAUAUCAGAAACAAAACACACCUACAGGCAGACAAAAAGACACACAAACGGCAAUGAAGAAAAGCCCAAUCUACUAACUGUCUGGAAUCUAAAAAGGAGACCUGCUUGAGGGGGGCUAAAUCGAAACCUACCAGACAACAGGAAAAAGCAGCUUUUAGUUAAGUCUGCUGUCAAGAGAUCACAGUGGCUCCGCUGAUAGAAUAACAUCAUUUUACACUACUGUGAUGUUGUCCUCUAUCAAUAUAUCAAAGUAUCUGACAAAGAAACUGUGAAAUCUGCUGAUGUCAACUCUGUGGCGUGCAGGGGCCGGUGAGCUUGAUCACUAAGUCUCAUCCCAACAUCCGAGUUUCUCUUCAGUUGUUGUCGUCCCCCUUUUUUUUAAGUGUCUGUCUUUGUGUAUCCAUUCCACUUUGUGUACAUAAGUGUAAAUCAAAGAUCUCAUAUCCUCUUUGAGAAAAGCCAGCCAUAAGAACGGACAAAAUGCUCAUUUCUCUCUCACACAUUUAAAUAUGUAUUUUAUACAUCAUCCACAUGUAGGCAGAACACAUCUACCCACUGACGGUUCAUUUAAAUGUGCCCGAACCACUUUCAAAAUGCCUUUUCAUUGUCUGGUUUCCGUUGGGAACAUUGAUUGGAGGACCAUUGUUGAGUCAGGCUCCCGGUUCAUGGGGGUUUCUUUCUAUACCUCAGUGGCCGUGAUGAAGUGGAUCCAAGGCAUGGAAGCUGUUGAAAGAAACGGGGGCACCACAUGGUAGCGACACAGGGAAACGAGAAAUGUGUGUUAAUCCUAAAGUUACUAAGACUGUAUUUGCCUGUGUGGUGCUUGGCCAGCCUGGAAUGAAUAUGUAGGGACAUCUGGACUAGUCACUGUGUAUGACAACACACCAGAGCACAAGGUUGCUAUUUAACUCCAAACUGCUGCUAAUGUAUAUUUGGCUAAAAAAAUUAAAAAGGGAAUAUGAGGAGAUCCAAGUGUUUCCGUGUUUUGUUGCCUCACAACACAUGAAAAUGAAUCUGAAUGCCAAAAAUAAGAAUUUUGUUGUAUAAUUCAGUACUAAUAACACUUGUAGUGAGAUGAUUUUAAAAUUCUUUGUUUUGAUAUAAAGAGUACAUGUUUGAGAAUUGUAUAAAAUAUGUUGAAUUUCAUGGCAAUCAUCAGGUACAUUUUUAUGUCAAUGUGUUUUGAAAACCUGAGGUUUGCUUGAAGGUUUACAACAUGCUUUUCUUUGCAGGAGGAAAAUCCAAUGUUUAUGCUUCACUGAAAUCAUGCAGCUCUCUGUUGAUGACAUGUAGAUAUUAGAAAUCUUUAAUCUGCAAAUGGUGAACUGAUGAAGAGGUCCUGAGCUGCUACGAUGAGCAAAAGCAUUGCAUUAAAAAAGGUCUCAGUGAAUGCCCUCACCAUUAUUCUCUGUAUAAUUCUGACAGUGUUACAAAAUGGAUCCCAAAAUAAUGUCAUUGACAGAUGUGCAAAAUGCUGUAAAUAUAUAUCCCUCUUUUUUUAGAUUAAAAUAAAGAUGAGUCAUUAUUCAAAACUGA